AUGGAGGGCCAUAGGCCUGAAAAACGAAGGAGAAACAAUCCGGAUUACUCAAAAUAUGCAUAUGGAAGCAUCGUGCGGGUGAAACUCAUCAAUUUUGUCACAUAUGAAUAUUGUGAGUUUUUUCCCGGUCCAUACUUAAACAUGGUUAUUGGUCCUAAUGGCACUGGUAAAAGUACUGUUGUAUCAGCCAUUUGUUUGGGCCUAGGAUGGCCUCCAAAGUUACUUGGAAGGGCUAAAGAAGCUAGGGAGUACAUUAAGUAUGGAAAAAACAGCGCUACAAUUGAAUUGGAACUGAAACUUAAAAACGACAAAACGGUCAUUAUAACGCGCGUAUUCAGCCAAGACAAGUCAAGUUCAUUCUCUAUAAAUAAGGAAGCUUGCUCAUCUUCAGCGAUUUCCCAUUUGAUGGAAAAAUUCAAUAUUCAAUUAAAUAAUCUCUGCCAUUUUCUGCCACAAGAUAGAGUUGCCGAAUUUGCACAGUUGGAUCCAUUUACUAGACUUAUUGAAACAGAAAGAGCUAUCGAUUACGACGGAUUGUUGCUUGACCAUGAGAAACUGAUUGAUUUACGAAGAGAGGAAAAGGAUGCUAUGCAAUACAAAGAUCAGGGUCAGAACACUUUAAGCUCAAUCAAAGAAAGGCAGCAAGCUCUUGAAAAGGAAGUAAAGAUUUUUAAAGAUCGUGAAAAAAUUCAGUCUUAUCUUGGUAUGCUAGCCGUAGCGAAAGACCUUGUAGUAUACCGAGAGAAAACGGUAAUUUAUAACCAGUUAAGGGAUAACAAGAAGGAAAUUAAAGAGCAAUUGAAGCAAUUUAUUGAAGAAUCUCGUCCAAUUCUGAGUUUGACAGACCAAUUUCAAUCGGACUUACAAGAUAAAGAAGAGGCUUUCAAUCAACUAUCAUCUUCGUUGACUGGAUUCAAGCAUCAUGCAGAAAGGGAAAAGUUAUCCGUGUCCAAGUAUAUGGAAAAUGAAAAACGAAUUUACGAGAAAAUAAAUUCAAAUCGUGCGCUUUUGAAAGCCAGCCAGUCGGCAGUUCAAGAAGCCCAACAGGCCCUUGAUGGACUGCUGGGAAUAAUGGGCCCAAAGCCAUCGGAUCAAAACUUUGAGGUUAUCCAUCAAAACAUGCAAGAACUCAAUUCGGAAAAAUUGCGUUACGAGAAUGAAAAAUUGGAGAGCUCACACGCACUUGGUAGCAUACGUACCUCUAAAGCACAAAAGCUUCUUGACAUUGAUAAUAUUCGACGUGAACUUAAUGCAUAUAAUGAUCUUACACGGAGAAAGUUGAAGUAUAUAGCAACGACGCCUGGUUGGGAAGAUGCUUUUCAUACUUAUCAGAUCUUAAAGGAAAACGAAUCAACCUUUGUUGAAGCUGCAUAUGGGCCUAUCUACAUGCAUUUGGAAUGCAAAGACAAGAAAGUUGCUCCUUUAAUCGAAGGUUUUUUCCGAGCCGACACGUUUCGAACAUUCGUUAUGUCCAAUUAUACUGACUAUUUGAAGUUGAUGGAUCACAUUACUUCCAAAACGAGAUACACCCCUACAGUACGAGAAUUUUCUAGUGAACGGAACAAGAAACUGGAUGAUUUUCAGUGUAUGUGUUCUCGUGAAAAGCUUAAAUCAUUUGGAUUCGAUGGUUAUUUAUUAGAUUAUUUGGAGGGACCAGAAGUUGUCUUGGUAGCCUUAUGUCAUAUGCUGAAAAUUCACCAAAUUCCUGUUGCAGAAAAGGAAUUAUCUCCAACUUGUGUUAAUGCGCUAAACAACUAUCGCCUACCAAAUGGUGACCCUGUGUUUAGAACGUAUCUUGCAGGUUCUUCAAUUCACCUGGUUUUUCGUUCCCCUUAUGGUAAUAGAGAAUUGACUCAAAGAACGGAUCCGCUUCCUUCUAAUAGCGUUUACUUCUCUGAAAGCGUUGAGCCAUCAUUAGUAAAAGAAAAGGAAGAGCAACUUAGUUCCCAGACAUCUGGACUAGAUGAGUUGCAAGCUAAUGAAAGUAGAUUGCAGAAUAAAGUCGGCGAAUGUGACGCGUUGAUUUCUGAAGCAAAUGAAAAAAUUGGAGACUUACGUAAAGAAAGAGAUGAAAAGUUGGCUCCUCUACGAGAAUGGCAAAACUUGAAUGACAAAGUAAACCAUCAGCGUUUGGUUUUCGACCAGCGGAAAAAAAUCCCAAGUCAAUAUGAAAGAGAGUUGGAAAGUAGUAAGGAAUUGCGCAAAGAGAAUUGUAUAGCCCUUAUGGAUUCUAUCACGAAAAUGAAGGAUUGGAAUACAAAAGCAACAAUUGAAUUUGAAAAAAGUCUUGGGUCAAGAUUGAACGUAAUUGAAACCGAGUAUCGUUUACAAAAACACGAGCUGGAUGCGGAACAGGUGAAUACCAUGAUGCGUGAACUGCAUGAUAAACAGCAAGAAACUUCAGUAAAAAUUGCUGCAGCAAGAAAAGAUGCAAUGGAAACGUAUAAUUCUGUCGUUGAACGCUUGCAAAAUGAAGAUCAAGAACGGCAGACCUCUAUCACAGAAGAAAGCGAGAAUUUUGCGACAGUUUCCGAGGUUGAAAAUAAAAUCAGUGUAGAAGAAACAAAGUUGGGCUUUAUGAACGUCAAUAACUUUGUGAUGGAACAAUAUGACCGUCGAAAGAUUGAAAUAGAGGAACUAGAGGUGAAAAUGAGUAGACUCGAUGAGUCCAUGCUUGUGACACAAGAAAAGAUAGAAGAUAUCAAAAAGUCUUGGCUAGUUAAGUUAGAGGGUGUCAUCGAGUGUAUAACUGAGAGGUUCUCACGAAGCAUGUCUAGUAUGGGAUACGCAGGAGAAGUACGUUUGGGAAAAGCAGAAGAUUUCGAUAAAUGGCGUAUAGAUAUCAUGGUACAAUUUAGAGAAGCAGAAGGACUGCAAAAGCUUACUGGUCAGCGACAAUCUGGAGGUGAACGAUCUGUUUCAACCAUAAUGUAUUUGCUAGCUCUUCAGGGUGUCGCUACUGCACCAUUUCGUAUCGUGGAUGAAAUCAAUCAGGGUAUGGAUCCUCGAAACGAACGUGUCGUUCAUUCCCAUAUUGUGAACUCGACGUGCGAAACCCCAUCAUCUCAAUACUUUUUGGUUACUCCUAAGCUUCUUCCAGACUUGACUUAUCAUCGCAACCUGAAAGUGUUGUGCAUAUGCAAUGGAAGCUGGCUUCCAAAUACGUUUCGAAUGUCUCUUACUUCGUAUUUAGAAAAUUUGAAAAGCGAACUGCUCUUGCCUGCUUCUUGA